GGUGGAGAGGCGCGCUCAGCAGGGCUGGGGCCAGGCCUGGGUUGGACCGUGGUGAGGGAAGAGUCGCUCUAGGUUUGUGGGUAGCGAGUGCUCAGAAACAGUGUCUCACUCACCAUCAGGGCCCAACAUUUUCUGUUGCUCAGAGCAGGUGUUCCACCACCUUCAGGAUGUGUCCUCUUCCCAGUUCACCGGGCAUGUAACUUUGGACAAGAGAAUCUUGUUUCUGUGGGGCCCGGCUUUCUCGAGGGGACGCUGAGGUCCGUCUCCCUCAGGGACCCAAGCUGGCAGGCUGGCCUGCUGGGCACUGGAGUGUGAGCUCCCAGCAGGUGUUUCCUCCCUGAAUGCUUGUAUGAGGACAAGGCGAUAGCCACAAAGGCCGCCAUGGGACCAUUCCCCUAACUGAUGCUGCAAACCCAAGAAAGUCUGGGAUGCCGGUGGCUGGAACUGGGUGUGCAAUGGCCCCACCCCUGGGAGGGUGGAGGAGGAUGCUGCCCAGACCCCAGAGAGCCCCAGGAGUGGAGGCUGCACAAUUCAGGAGGCAGAGCUCGGCACGUCUGCAGCAUGUCCUGGGCUCCUGUCCUGCUGGCGCUCCUCGCCUACCUCACAGGUUGUGGCCCUCAGCCAGUGCUGGAUCAGCCACCGUCCGUGUCCUCCUACCUUGGAACCACCAUCCGUCUGGCCUGCACGUUGAGCAGGGACCAUGAUGUCAGCAUUUAUAGCAUCUACUGGUACCAGCAGCGGCCCGGACACCCUCCCAGAUUCUUGCUGAGAUAUUUCUCCCAUUCGGACAAGAAACACGGCCCCAAGGUCCCUCCACGCUUCUCUGGAUCCAAAGACGAGGUCGAGAACACGGGGUACUUGAGUAUCUCCGAGCUGCAGCCUGAGGACGAGGCUGUGUACUACUGUGCGGUGGGUGCCCAGAGAUGGGAGAGGGAGAAGAUGGAGCCGGAGAACGAGGAAGAAAAGGAGCCUGCUGCUUCCGUGUCCCAGGUGCCCCCGGGCACGCUCGCCGGGAACUGAAGACGGAAGGGCGUUGCAUCCCCAACGGAGAAGGCGAGCAGAAGGGUGGGUCAUGGGUUGUGCAGAGCGAGGGAGUCGCUCCUUGUCCAGCUGGGCCCUGCUGGAGGCUGGGUUGGGGGAUUAAAGCUGCUGGUGU